AUGUUCCGCCGGCACGGGGUGUGCCCUGCUGACAGGGAGGGAGGCGACCGGUGGCUGCUGGACAGUCUGAUCGUGCGGAAGCUGCUCAAACCGAUUAGAAAAGGCAUGAGGGCCGACAAGGCAGGAGAGGCGGCUGGUGUCCCCGACCUGGAAGCUGAUCCCUUGGGGACGAGCGGUGCCUUUUCCAGUGCCAUGGCGCGGGGGGGGAGCAGCAGAGAUGGGGACAGUCUGCAGAGGGCUGAUGCCGAUCAACCAGUUGCAGCACCGCCGAUAGGGACUGUGAAAUCACAUGGGCGACGAUUGGAGAUGGAGGACGACAGCACAGUGAAGGAGAACCUGGUCUGGCUGCCUCUGCUGGUGGGGGAUGGCGAGAGGGUUGUGCCAAAAAUGGUUGAGAGGGGGCUGAGGCCACUGUGGGAGGAGGUGGGGAGAAGGCCAAGUGCAGGUCCGCAAAGGACAGCGGUGGAAUCGAGCACGGAGGGGGCGGGAGAGCCGAGGCGGGUUGUGGCCUUUUUUCAUUUCGCGGGUGUAUAUGAUGGCCAUGGGGGGGAGGCUGUGUCCAAGGAGGCCGCCACUUACAUGCACCUCUUCUACAAGAAGGCGUUUGCUGCAGCCUUGCUGGGGACCAUGGCUGGGGCUGUCCCAUGUAACAGUAACCUCGCCUCAUCAAGGGACCAACCUACAUCGCCAUUGACCGAGAAGGGCACCAGGAAACCCCCUCUAGUCCAAGAAGCCUUUGAAGCAACUGGGGAAGUUGAUGAACAAACUGCAUGCGCACUGCCUCCUCCCACCAUCCCCUCAGAUGAGGAGAUGGCCAUUGCAGCAAGACGCCAUCCAGGGCUGACGCUGUGUCAAAUUGCGGAUGCCAUUGUUGAGGCAUUUCAUCUGAUGGACGGGCGGUUGAAGGACCAGGUCAUGGCCCUGGAGAUGGGCAGCACAGCCGUGGUUGCGAUGGUGUGCGAGUCGCACAUGUGCAUUGCCAACUGCGGCGACUCAAGGGCUGUGCUGUCAAGGGGUGGGGCUGCAUACAGGCUGAGCCGGGACCACAAGCCUGGAGUGGAUGACGAACGGGAAAGGAUCAGGGCCGCCGGGGGUGCCGUGCUGGAUUGUGGUGGAAGGAGGGUGAUGGGUUUGUUGGCCGUUUCUCGUGCCCUUGGGGACCACUACUUGAGGACUUGUGGCGUUGUUGCAGACCCAGAGGUGACCAUAAUUGGCCGCAACAAAGGGGACGAGUUUCUGGUGCUGGCCACCGAUGGCCUGUGGGAUGCCUUUUCAGACUCAGAGGCCUGCGAUGUGACUCGGAAGACUCUGGAAGCUGGGGAGGCGGCCGGCAAGGAAGCUGCUGAGGCCGCAGAGGAUGCGGCACAGGCACUUGUGGAUGCUGCUCUGGAGAGGGGGUCAAGGGACAACACCACUGUGACGAUUGUGGAUCUGAGGUGCAAGGGCGAUCCCCCACAGGUUUAG